CACAACUUGUAAGAAUUAAACAGUCUAAGAUGAAAUUACUGGCAACCUUGUCGUUGCUGUUGAUUGCAACACAGGCGGCGGUAGGAGAGAAUACCUACUCCAUAUUCCUGCCUAAAUAUGUUCGACCAAUGACGCCAUUUGCCUUCGACGUUGAGAUAAUCAAGAGCAAAAACCCGGUUCAAUUGACCGCUUUUUUGGGUUCGGCAAAUUAUUUUGUAGAAGGAAUGGCGGUCAUCCAUAACGGUUCAAUCGAAAGAAUUGUUAUGGAAACGCUUCCCGCUGACUACGACGGAGAUACAGAUUUCACUUUUGCGAUCUACGGUGAUGACGCAGUAACUGGUGAAAGUUUGUUCGAAAACAGAACUGACGGCGUUAUAUUUCAGAGGAAAUUUGUUUCUAUUUUUAUCCAAACUGAUAAAGCUAUAUAUCAACCAGAACACACAAUUAAAUUUCGAGGAGUUGUUACGACACCCGAUCUUACUCCACCCGGCCUCACUCCACUUAUGCACAGCCGGUACCACCACGAUUCAGUUCCGACUGUGACUUACAAACUCACUGAUCCGAUGAAUAAUGUUAUUUUGAUGGAAAGUGACGUCACACUGACCAACGGAGUGGCGGGGUCAGAGUUCAAACUUGGAAGAUACGCAACACUCGGUAAUUGGAGGAUUACUUAUAAAGUUUACGGAUAUGAAGAAAGCAUCACAGUAUCAGUAGAAGAAUAUAAACUGCCAAAGUUCAAAGUUGAAAUUAAAACUGAUCAGAGAUUCUUGCACCCUGGAUCCACAAAACUAACAGGAGUAGUUGAAGCUUUGUUUACUUUUGGACAACCAGUAAGAGGAAGCGGGAGAAUUGAAUUCACAAUUGAUUCAUGGGAACCCAACAUUAUUUUGGAGAAAUUUGCGAAGUUCGACGGAACAGCUUCAUUCUCAGUCAAUGUAUCUGAUAUUGUAAAUAUCUUGAAAUGGGACACCGGAUAUUACUCAAGUCCGCUCAAAAUAACCGCGUUCGUCAACGACAAAAACACGGGGGAUGAAUUCAAUGCUACAACGACUGUUGAACUUCAUGAAAAGCGUUUGAAAGUCGAAGCAAUUGCAAAACCGAAUUACAUGAAACCUGGACUUCCAUACGUAGCAUACUUGAAAGUCACAGAACAAGAUGGGACUCUACUUUCCGAUGAAGACAGAGGAAAGUUGGAUAUGGUUGUUAGUGUUAUGUAUACUUAUCGAUGGCAAUGGGACCCAUUCGGUGGUGUACGACCAACCGAUGGAAGCCGAGACCUAAAGAAAAUGUCGGUUCCCAUAAAAGUAGGAAAAGACGGUAUUGCUUUGUUCAAGAUCACAGCCGAUACAAGCAACUUCCGAUGGGUAAUAUUUAAGGUGAAAAGCCUUUCCUCUCCGAACAAACACGAAUACUGGACAAGAUGGGGAGCGGGCCCGUUUAAAUCACCUUCUAAUACAUUCAUUCAAAUCACUACUUCUGAUACUACAUUGACCGUAGGGGAAAAAGCCAGAUUGACUAUUUACACCACAGAAGAGGCGGAUAGUUAUAGAUUUACGUUCCUAUCCAGAGGAAAACUACUCAACCAAGAGCUUUACACUUCAGCAGAAUACGUGAAAGAAACCGACAGUUCUAAAUUCAAUUACAUGUUUGACGUCACCAAUGAUAUGUCACCAAAUGUUUACGUCAUUGUAUCAUUCAUUCGUGACGACGAUGAAAUUGUUGCCGACAGCGUGAGAAUUACAGUUCAAGCUACCUUCGAAAACAAGGUUACCAUAACAACAAAUACUGAUAAAACCGACGCAGGGAUGCCAGUUAGUAUUACAGUUAACGCAGCAGCAGGAUCUUUCGUAGGUCUGAGAGCAAUUGAUCAAAGUGUUUUACUGCUCAAAUCUGGCAACGAUAUCACCAAAGACAAAAUUUCCCAAGAUUUGGACAAAUACGGAGUAUCAAGCGGUUCCAAUGGAUGGGGCGGCAGAUGGUGGGGAGGUGCUGACGUUCGUGAAGUAUUUGCUGACUCCGGAAUUCUUGUUCUUACCGAUGCUCUCGUAUAUGUUAGCGAACCUGAAUUGAGCGAUUACCAUGGCUGCGACAUGACCGAAGACGGAUCUAUAUAUUGCGCAAUGCUGAUUACGGAAGAGGAUUUAGCAGCUUCCACAAACUCUGCCCCCAAAAAAAGAUCAUUUUUCCCUGAGACCUGGAUUUGGACCGAAGACAAAAUAGGGGAGAAUGGUUCAGCAACUUUUACCUACAACACUCCUGAUACAAUCACUACCUGGGAGCUCAGUAGUUUUGCUGUUUCUGAUGAGAAAGGUCUUGGAGUCACCGAUGAAACAUCAAAGAUCACAGUAUUCCGCAAUUUCUUCAUCUCUCUGAAUCUUCCUCCAACCAUGAUCAAAGGAGAAACACUCAACAUGAAGACGACUCUCUUCAACUACUUUGAUGAUGAGCUUACAGUCACUCUGACUCUUGAGGAAAAUGAAUGGUAUGACCUUGUUAUCCCUGGGGAUGACCCAAUUGCUGCUGGACCAAUCAGAACUGUGACAAUCCCAAGCAAAGAUUCAGUGACCGUUGUUUUCCCGAUAACAUUCAAGAAAGUUGGAACAGCAAGAAUCUCAGUCUCAGCAACGUCACCGAUAGCUGGAGAUGCAGUAGAAAGAACUAUGGUUGUUAAACCUGAGGGAAUUCAGAAGAUUGAAUCUCACAGUAGUAUCAUUGACAAAGAAACAGAUGAUGGUGUUACUGAAUCAGUAACUUUCAAUGUCAACAUUCCUGAAGAUGCCGUGGAGGGGUCAGCUCGUGUCAAGUUCUCUGUCUCAGGCAACAUUCUUGGAAGCGCUCUCAGUAAUCUUGGUAAAUUGUUACAAAUGCCGAGCGGAUGUGGCGAACAAACUAUGGUCGGCUUCGCACCUGAUGUUUAUAUCAGUUUGUAUCUGAAGAAAGUUGGUGAAUUGGAAGGUAAAAUCAAACAAAAAUCAGAAUCUCAUAUCAGAGAAGGAUACACUAAUGAAUUGAGAUACCAACGAGAUGACGGCUCAUUCAGUGCAUUCGGUUCAAAGGAUCGUUAUGGCAGUACAUGGUUGACCGCAUUUGUUGCAAAAUGUUUCAUCGCAGCUAAAGAACUCAAUAGUGACCUUAUUGAAGAGUCAAAGGUCAAUCGAGCCAUCAACUUCAUUCUCAAACAACAGAACAAAGACGGAACAUUCAAGGAACCAGGAAAAGUAAUUCACAAGGAUAUGCAGGUUUAA